CUCCAAGCUCCAAGCUCCAAGCUCCAAGCUCCAGCUCCAGCUCCAGUUGUAUACAUAUAUCUACCUAUACAUAUAUCAGCCACCUGCAAAGUCACCACCGCGGGCGCAUACCGAAAUUUCAAGUGCAGCAAAGCUGUGGGUCAACCAAUUUCGUUACGAAAAAGGAGUACGGCCCCCAAAUUACGGCCUACGGUUUAUCCAAUGGCGGGUGCUACGACGUGCGCGCGGCGGCUACUGGUGCGGCCCGCGUCGCCCUUCCGGUUUCGAACGUACAGCACGCAGCCCCCAAGAGGCUCGAAUAACACGGUCAAGUUCUGGCCGUUCGUUGCUAUCAUCGGCCUUGGGACCGCGGGGUAUGUUAUGUUGGUUAGGGCUAAGGCUGCGAACAGGAAUGCGCCGGUGAGGAGGUUGCAAUAGUGGCUCCUUUACUGGAUAUAUUCGGCAACAAGCGUGUCAACGUGAUAUAUCAUAUGUACCUACCUAUAUUAUAUGUAUGAUUAUUGAUUGGGUGUGGAUGGGUUUCCGGUCUACCAACACACAUCAUUCACUGGGCACAAUGCUUUCGUUUGAGAGUGAGUGGGAGAAGUCGGCUGUAUAAUAUUGGUAGAGUAGGAAAUAGGAAAUACCAUAGCCAGCGGAAGCUUCUUCGAUCAUUACUUUGAUAUGUGUAAGUUCAGCUCAUUUUCGCCUACCUAUUACAACGGGGUAUAUGGUAUAUUAGCCAAGCACCUGUAAGAGAAGCUGUAUAUUUAGAAUUCGCAACCAUCGAAGAAAGUUUCGGAGGUGACAAGAAAUAUAAGAAAAAUGUUGUAAAGUAACAUCAACUUAAUCGUCUAUCAUAUCUGUAUACAGCUAUCUAUUUUGAGUAAUCACCGUAUAGCUAACCAAUAUAUAGACCUGUGUUUAAGCUAUA